AUGGCGGACUGGCUGACCCCCUUCCAGUGGAGAUGCGACGAGGCCGCGUCAGACGUGCAGCUGGCCCUGGAGAAGGACCAGCGGGCAGCCCGCACCCUUCGCAGGAGGAACCGCGUCACGGGCGCCUGGAUCGAGUUCCCGGCGCCGCGGCGCAGGGAUGACGAGGUCUUCACCUUCCCGAGCUUCGAGAGGAGGCUUUCUGAUGUUGGGGUCGACUACCUCACCACGGAGCAGAAGCGGGUGAUCUUCGACAGCAUCGACGUAGACAAGAGCGGCACCAUAACAGCCGACGAGCUGCUGCGGGUGAGAGAGCUGCGGGAGGAGCGCGAGCGGGUGUUGAGCGAGCUGCUCCAGAUGACGGAGGCGGCGGCGGAGGCCAAGCCAGAGCACAGGCGGCAGGACGCUCGGGCGGACGUCAGUCAGCUCGAGGAGCAGGCCGCGGAGGAGCCCGGCGCGGGCGGCGGGGCGCCGGCGGCCGCCCGCUCCAGCUCGCGGCAGGGCGGGGAGGAGGCGGAGGAGAGGCCGGCGGCGGAGGGGCCCGGCGAAGCAAGAGAAGCGGCGGAGGACAUCAGCGCAGAGCUCGCCGCCGCCCACGCCGCACAGGAGGGCCAGGCGAGCGGGGAGGAGCAGGCAGCAGCAGUGGAGGGCCCAGGUGCUGGCGCAGCGGAGGCCACAAGCGCCCGCGCCCCCUCGCAAGAGGGCCAGCAGCAGGGCGGAGAGGAGCAGGCCACAGCGGAGGAGCCUGGUACAGGCGGAGCGAAGCCCGCGGCAGCCGAGGAGCCCAGCGCAGGCUCAGAGCUUGCAGCCGCCCACGCCCACGCCGCGGAGGAGGUCCGGGCGGGCGGGGUGGAGCAGGUGGCAGCGGUGGGCCCAGGUGCUGGCGCAGCGGAGCCCACAACCGCUCACGCCCCCUCGCAAGAGGGCCAGCAGCAGGGCGGGGAGGAGCAGGCCACAGCGGAGGAGCUUGGCACAGGCGGAGCGAAGCCCGCGGCAGCCGAGGAACCCAGCGCAGGCGCAGAGCUUGCGGCCGCCCACGCCCACGCCGCGCAGGAUGGCCAGGCGAGCGGGGAGGAGCAGGCGGCAGCGGUGGGUUCGGGUGCUGUCGAAGCGGAGCCCACAACCGCUCACGCCCCCUCGCAAGAGGGCCAGCAGCAGGGCGGGGAGGAGCAGGCCACGGCAGAGGAGCUUGGCACAGGCGGAGCGAAACCUGCAGCCGAGGAACCCAGCGCAGGCGCAGAGCUUGCGGCCGCCCACGCCCACAGGAGCCCAGCGCAGGCUCAGAGCUUGCGGCCGCCCACGCCCACGCCGCUCAUGAGGGCCAGGCGAGCGGGGAGGAGCAGGCGGCAGCGGUGGGCCCAGGCGCUGGCGCAGCGGAGCCCGACAGCGGCCAUGGCCCGUCGCGAGAGGCCCAGCAGGGCGGGGAGGAACAGGCGGCUGCGGAGGAGCCUGGCGCAGACGCGGGUGAGCCCGCGACGGCCCGUGCCACCACGGCGGAGGGCCAGCGGGAUGUGGAGGAGCAAGCGCCAGCGGGAGAGCUUGGUGCAAGUGGAGCGGAGCCCGCGGCAGCAGAAGAGCCUGCCGCAGGCGUAG